GGUGCAGAGGCUGCCGCAGCUCCGGCUACAAUCGCCUCCCCAUUCCUGUUCCCCAUUGUUCCUCAUCCCACCCGCCCCCUCCCUACCAUGGCGCAGGAAGCUGGGAAGGGCGCUCGUCUCGGGGGGCCCUGCGGGGAGCCUGCGGAGCUUGGAGGUGAUGCUAGCGAGGAGGAGCACCCCCAAGUCUGUGCCAAAUGUUGCGCACAAUUCACCGACUCGACUGAAUUCCUCGCUCACCAGAAUGCAUGUGCUACUGACCCUCCUGUAAUGGUGAUCAUGGGGAACCAGCAAAACCCCAACAAUGCUUCAGCAUCUUCAGAAUCCCGGCCAGAAGGCCACAAUAGUCCCCAGGUCAUGGACACAGAGCACAGCAGUACCCCGGACUCUGGGCCCUCCGUGCCCACCGAUCCCACCUGGGGCUCAGACCGAAGAGGAGAGGAAUCCUCCGGGCAUUUCCUGGUUGCUGCCACAGGUACAGCGCCCGGGGGAGGUGGGGGUCUGGUCUUGGCCAGUCCCAAGCUGGGAGCAACCCCAUUGCCCCCAGAGUCCACCCCUGCACCUCCCCCUCCUCCUCCUCCUCCUCCCCCCCCUGGCAUAAGCAGUGGCCACUUGAACAUUCCUCUGAUCUUGGAAGAGCUGCGGGUACUGCAGCAAAGGCAGAUCCAUCAGAUGCAAAUGACUGAGCAAAUAUGCCGCCAGGUGCUGCUGUUGGGCUCCAUAGGCCAGACCGCAGGUGCUCCUGCCAGCCCCUCAGAGCUACCUGGGACAGGAGCUGUCUCCUCCACCAAGCCCCUACUCCCCCUCUUCAGCCCUAUCAAGCCUGUCCAAACUGGCAAGACACUGGUACCUUCCUCUUCUUCCUCCUCCUCUUCCUCUUCCUCCUCAGGGGCAGAAACACCGAAGCAGGCUUUCUUUCACCUUUACCACCCAUUGGGGUCACAGCAUUCCUUCUCUGCUGGUGGGGUUGGCCGAAGCCACAAGCCUGCCCCUGCCCCUGCCCCCUCCCAAGCCCUGCCAGGCAGCACAGAACAGCUGAUGACUUCCCCUCACCUAGCAUUUCCAGGCACCACAGGACUACUGGCCGCACAGUGUCUUGGGGCCGCCAGGGGCCUUGAGGCUGCUGCCUCCCCAGGUCUCCUGAAGCCAAAGAAUGGAAGUGGAGAGCUGGGCUAUGGGGAAGUCAUGGGUCCUUUAGAGAAGCCUGGGGGAAGGCACAAAUGCCGCUUCUGUGCCAAAGUAUUCGGCAGUGACAGCGCCCUGCAGAUCCAUCUUCGUUCCCACACUGGUGAGAGGCCCUAUAAGUGCAAUGUCUGUGGCAAUCGUUUUACCACCCGUGGCAACCUCAAAGUCCAUUUCCACCGUCAUCGGGAGAAGUAUCCACAUGUGCAAAUGAACCCGCAUCCAGUGCCAGAGCACCUAGACUAUGUCAUUACCAGCAGUGGCCUGCCCUAUGGCAUGUCUGUGCCACCGGAAAAAGCUGACGAAGAGGCAGUCACGCCAGGUGGAGGUGUGGAACGCAAGCCUCUGGUAGCCUCCACCACAGCACUUAGUGCCACAGAGAGCCUGACGCUGCUGUCCACCGGUGCAGGCACAGCUGCAGCCCCCGGGCUCCCUGCUUUCAAUAAGUUUGUGCUCAUGAAAGCAGUGGAGCCCAAAAACAAGGCAGAUGAAAACACUCCCCCAGGAAGUGAGGGCUCAGCCAUCAGCGGGGUGGCCGAAAGUGGCACAGCAACUCGCAUGCAGCUAAGUAAGCUGGUGACGUCACUCCCAAGCUGGGCACUGCUUACUAACCAUUUCAAGUCCACUGGCAGCUUCCCUUUCCCCUAUGUGCUGGAGCCCUUAGGGGCCUCACCCUCUGAGACGUCAAAGCUGCAACAGCUGGUGGAGAAGAUUGACCGACAGGGAGCCGUGGCAGUGCCCUCUACUGCUUCAGGGGCCCCCACCACGUCUGCCCCUGCACCAUCACCUUCAGCUUCUUCUGGACCUAACCAAUGUGUCAUCUGUCUCCGAGUGCUGAGCUGUCCUCGAGCCCUACGCCUGCAUUACGGCCAACAUGGAGGUGAGCGACCCUUCAAAUGCAAAGUGUGUGGCAGAGCCUUUUCUACCCGCGGCAAUCUCCGUGCACAUUUUGUGGGCCACAAGGCCAGUCCAGCGGCCCGGGCUCAGAACUCUUGCCCUAUCUGCCAGAAGAAGUUCACUAAUGCUGUUACUCUGCAGCAGCAUGUUCGAAUGCAUCUGGGAGGCCAGAUCCCAAAUGGAGGCACCACACUCCCUGAGAGUGGAGAAACUGCCCAGGAGCAUGGCUCUGAGCAGUCUGCAGUCUCUGGGGCAGGGAGCUUCCCUCUGCAGCAGCAAACCCAACAGCCUUCACCAGAGGAGGAAUUGUCCGAGGAAGAGGAGGAGGAAGAGGAGGAAGAGGAAGAUGUGACUGAUGAAGAUUCUCUAGCAGGAAGAGGCUCAGAGAGUGGGGGUGAGAAGGCAAUAUCAGUGCGAGGUGACUCAGAAGAGGCAUCUGGGGCAGAGGAGGAAGCAGGGAUAGGCAUCGCAGCGUCCUCUGGGAAGGAGAUGGAUGGUAAUGAGAAGACCACUCAGCAGUGUGCUCUGCCACCACCACCUCCUCCUGAACUGGUAGAUCAGCCCCAACCAAUGGAGCAGGGCAGCUGUGAUGUUUCAGGAGGCAAGGAAGAGGAGGCCAAACCUGAAAGGAGCUCAAGCCCAGUGGCAUCCCUCCCCCAAGAAGGAGAAGGCACCUGCACCCCUUUGGUAGAAGAGCUGAGCUUACAGGAAACUGUGAGAAAGGAGCCAGGAGAGACCAGCGGCAGAAAGGCCUGUGACCUGUGCAGCCAGACCUUCCCUACGCAGACAGCUCUGGAGGAGCAUCGGAAAAGCCACCCCAAGGAGGCGCUGCUCUUCACCUGUGUCUUCUGCAGGCAGAGCUUUCUUGAGCGGGCCACCCUCAAGAAGCACAUGUUGCUGACUCACCACCAGGUACCACCCUUUGCCCCCCAUGGCCCUCAGAAUACUGCUGCUCUGUCCUUGGUCCCUGUCUGUCCUUCUAUUGCUUCUCCAGGGAUCUCCCCCUUCCCUCGAAAAGAUGACCCCACAAUCCCUUGAAUCCGCUUUCUGUACUUGCUGCCCUUUGACCUAGGAAGCAGAAGCCAAGAGCUCCACAAAGGGACCUCCCAAAGUUUUUUCUCUUUUUUUUCUGAGUUCUCACCUGAUUUGUCUCUAGUGGCUUUUUCUCUAGUCUCUGAGCUUAGGAAUUCUUGUGCUUACAAGAGGAUGGCCCCCUAAGGAAUUGUUAUCCCCUUUUCAUUCAUUGUGACUGAGGGAAGUAGACUUUCUGCAGCUUUUACAUUCUCAAGAGGAUUCCUGUCCUCUUCCUUUUCCUUUCCCUUUGGCAGGUGCACCUAAGCACCCAUCUUUGGAAUUGCAACCCAGACUCAAGGGUCUGGCAGCUUGCUUUCAAAAAGGCUCAAUGUCACCCCUUGCUGGUGACUAGGUCACCCUUCAGGACUUCUUGUCCCAGGACCUUCCCAUUUGUGUAUGGGUGGAGAUGGGUUCCCUACCAUUGUGCAACCAGUACACAGCUUUCCCUGUCACAUGGCCUGCCCACCCAAAGCCCUAGAGUUCCAGCUUCACCUCCAACACCACUGUAGGCUUGGCAUCAUCAGUGCUAUUUGGCCUAGGAAUUGUGCCUGGGAAAGUGACUCAACAGAGAGAUCCAGAGAGGCCAAGGAGAAGAUAGCCCUCCUCCAAUUUAGCCUCCUGCAUCCAAGGCAGUGCCUAAGAAGUUCAUCCUGGGAGAGAAGUAAUGAACUGAAUGUUUCCUCUCUUUCGUCCUGCUCCAGAAGGUGCUAGUAAAGAAGAUAUCCUAGCAAGUGGUGGCUCAACUCUAGGAGGGAGGGGGAAAUGAAGUGCUUGGGCCAUUCUUCCCAGUAAAUCUCUUGAUUUGUCAUUAAAGCAAAGACAUCUCUAGCUUCUCAUUCUUCAUGACCUCUCAAAGUUGAGAAACAAGCAAUUUUCUUGCCAAGAAGGUAUUUUGGGAAGUACAAAGUUAUUGUCUGUUGGUGAGGGUCAUGAAUGAACUAAUGCUAGAAAACUGAAGCAUGUUGCUAAAGCAUAAAUACUGCCGGAAACCUGUGUGAUUAAGGAGGGGAUGUAAAGUCUUAAAAUGUGGACAGUCUCAUGAAUAUUCCUUUGGGCUAAUAGUGACAUUAGUGUUCUCAGCCUUACAUUAGGGAUCAUGGGGGAUUUCUUAGUAAUAGUUUGCUUCUAGUUUUAGAUAACUCCCUCCUUUAUCUCCUGGCCCUUUGUAAUUUUCCUCACCAUCCUCUCUCAGAAUCCCUUUCCUCUCCAGUUUUGCCUGAUUAUGGACUAGGGCUAUGUCUUUGCCAUUGUCUGUUUCUAAGCAUCCACAGACUUUGGGGGACAAGCUUCGAGUAAUUCCCCCCUGCCUCUGUCUUGUAAUGAGAUGUAGUGUUUACUCUUCACAUAGAAUCAUUUGGAAUGGGAGUUCUGAGGAGGAGAGAGGGUCUUGUGAUGACUCCCUUCUCUGAAUUAGUAGGCUCCAGAGCUUCCUAACAUAGUGAAAUGUCAGAGCAGAAAGAGGAGAUGCUAGUAUCUUUCCUCUCAUCAUUAAAGGUGUUUUGGCCAAAUA